AUGGACAUGAUGACCGCACUGACUAUUGCUCAAUUCUAUGAUCCACCUCUACAUUGUUUCACGUUUUCUGACUUCCAAUUGGCUCAUACCUUGGAGGAAUUUGAGAGGAUUGUAGGCCGGAACCUGAGGGAUCAUAAUCCAUUUCCGAAGUUUGAUGAAGGUAUUUCUCCCAAGAGGAUAGCUUUAGCUUUGGGUUUGAAGGUUUCUGAAGUCGUGGACAAUUGGGAUGGAAGGGACCUCUCAAUGGUUUUUCUAGGAAUGAGAAUCUUCCUCUCUGGUAACCCUGUACCGUUCCUCUUAGCAGACCUCCACUACGCUCUCCACGAUCGUCAUGAGAAGAAGGGAGGAACCAUUUUAUGUUGUCCGCAGCUGUUGCAUGCCUGGUUUAGAUCUCAUAUGCCAGAAGAUGGCCCUUUUGUCUCAAAGGAACUCAAGCCCUCCCAAAAGUUAGCUUCCCUCACUUCCAAUCAUGUUAAGUGGUAUAUCAGGGAUUGGGAAACCGAGGAUGUUAUUGUCAGCAUUGGAGACUUCCUCAAUGUACCUUUGAUAGGAACCAAAGGUUGCAUCAAAUACAACCCCGUGUUAUCUUUAAGGAAGCAUGGUUACCCUAUGAAUGGCCCUCCAAAAGCUGAAGCUUUAGAGCCUUUCAUCUUACACAGUGCUGAAGCAGAUCAUCCCAUGGUGAAAAAGAUCAAGAGGUCUUGGCAAGCAGUUAUCAGAAAGGGUAAGGAGUUGGGUAAGAGAAAUGUCAUCGCUCAAGAGCCUUAUACUUGUUGGGUUAGAGAGAGGGUUCAGAUGGUUAAACUCCCUUUUCCAUUUGAUCCUUCUAUCUAUUCGUUGGUUCCCGAGCCAGAACCCAUAUUACCUGAAGAUGUGGAGAAGCUCAAUGCCCGUAUUAAGGAGCUGGAGUUGGAGAAUGCUGACUUGAGACUUAAGCUCGGCCGAGUCUCGAUAGAGAAUGGGAAUUCGAAAGACAGUCAUUAG